AUGACAACUGCUCAUAGACCUACAUGGUACAAUGCGAUAGGAGGAGAAAACCAAGGAGGGAACAGAAAGGUGAGUCAAACGGCAAAAGUUUGCAGCAGAGACAUGCCAAGCCACACGAAGAUGAAAAUGAGGGAUUUGAGCGAUUAUAUGGAGGAAAAGGAAGUGUUGAAGAAAAAUCUCAUUCAACUGGAAAACGGAAUUACAAGCGAGGAGAAGAACAAUAACAGUAAAAAGAUUGUCGCCAUUGAAAAUAUAAAGAAAGCAACGAACCAUGAAUAUACCAACCCGUUUCCAGAAGAUGAAGAUGACGAGGUUGAGGAGGAAUGGAAGACACGCAAUCGGCGAAGAGACAUAAAAGAGAAAAAAAAAUUAACGAAGAGGAGUGAAAAGCGGCACGGACAGGUAGGUAGUCAGUCGGAUAGUGAGCCGGAUAGCCAAUCGGAUAGUGAGCCGGAUAGCCAAUCGGAUGACGAAGAAGAGAAGGAACUCCUCCGAGAGCUAGAAAAUUUAAAACGAGAAAAACUGGAAAAACAAAGAUUAGAGAAACAAGAACAGGAACUUAUGAAAAGUAAAAAGAACAACGUGUUGACGAACAACCCUCUUAUCAAUCUUGAAGAUAAUAGUGAUGAUGAUGAGCAGUCGAAAAAUAUAGCAAGAAAACGCAAGUGGACAGACGAGGCCAUAUUUAGAAACACCUGCGAGAAGAAGGGGAAAAAAAGUACCUUCAUCAAUGACACUGUGAGAACAUCUUUUCACAAAAAAUUUCUCUUUAAGUAUAUUCAUUGA